AUGGGUGGCGUUUCUAGCCAAGACAAAACAAAUAGCCAACAAAGGAGAGAGGUGAGUCGCACUGAGCUGCUGCUGGAUGUUUCGAGCGGUCGACACCUCGUCAAGCCACUAGCACUGACGCACGCGGUCUCAAGCUGCAUCCAUGCGUCGAAGGCCGUUGCUGCUGUAACGUACUGCAGAAAGUCGACGACAUCGCCUUGA